CCUGGUGGCUGCGCCGAGCCGCUAGGUGAGCGAAGCAGACCCGGCAGCCGCGGCUCCUCGGCACUCCGCCCAGCACCUGCUGCCCUCGCCCGACCCCAGGCGCCGCUGCCAUGCGGCUGGCGCUGCUCUGGGCCCUGGGGCUCCUGGGGGCGGGCAGCCCUCUGCCCUCCCGGCCGCUCCCAGAUAUAGGUGGCACUGAGGAGAAGCAGGCAAGGCCAGAGAGGGCCCUGAAUGGGUCUUCGGAGCCCCAGAUCCUUCAGGACAACCUCACGCUCAGCCUAGCAGAGGUGCUUCAGACCAGUCUGCCUGAGGCUUUGCGGAUCAAAUUGGAAUUGGAUGGUGAGAGUCAUAUCCUGGAGCUGCUACAGAAUAGGGAGCUAGUCUCAGGCCGCCCAACCCUGGUGUGGUACCAGCCUGAUGGCACCCGGGUGGUCAGUGAGGGACACACUCUGGAGAACUGCUGCUACCAGGGAAGAGUGCAGGGCCAUGCCGACUCCUGGGUCUCUGUCUGCACCUGCUCCGGGCUCAGGGGCUUGGUGAUCCUGUCCCCAGAGAGAAGCUACUCCCUGGAGCUGGGGCCUGGGGACCUUCGGGGUCCCCCUGUUAUCUCCCGGCUCCAAGACCUCCUCCUGCCAGGCCACACUUGUGCCCUGAGCUGGCCUGCAUCUGUGCCCACUCAGGCUCCACCAGAGCACCCCCUGGGACAGCGUCACCUUCUCCGGUGGAGGCGGGACGUGGUGACAGAGACCAAGAUUGUUGAGCUGGUGAUUGUGGCUGACCAUUCCGAGGUCCAGAGGUACCGGGACUUCCAGAGCCUGCUGAACCGCACCCUGGAAGUGGCCCUCCUCCUGGACACAUUCUUCAGGCCUCUGAAUGUCCGGGUGGUGCUAGUGGGCCUGGAGGCCUGGACCCAGCGUGACCUGAUAGAGAUAAACCAGCACCCAGGUCUCACACUAGACAGCUUCCUCCGCUGGCGCCGGACAGACCUGCUGCCUCGGUUGCCCCACGACAGUGCCCAGCUGGUGACUGCCACUUCAUUCUCUGGGCCCAUGGUGGGCAUGGCCAUUCAGAACUCCAUCUGUUCUCCUGAAUUCUCAGGAGGUGUGAACAUGGACCACUCCACUAGCAUCCUGGGAGUUGCCUCCUCAAUAGCCCACGAGUUGGGCCACAGCCUAGGCCUGGGCCAUGACUCACCUGGGAACAGCUGCCCCUGUCCAGGUCCAGCCCCAGCCAAGAGCUGCAUCAUGGAGGCCUCGACAGACUUCCUGCCAGGCCUGAACUUCAGCAACUGCAGCCGACAGGCCCUGGAAAAAGCCCUCCUGGGUGGAAUGGGCAGCUGCCUCUUUGAACGGCUCUCCGGUCUGCCCUCGAUGGCCAGUGUCUGCGGAAAUAUGUUGGUGGAGCCCGGCGAGCAGUGUGACUGUGGCUUCCCCGAUGACUGCACUGAUCCUUGCUGUGAUUACUUCACCUGCCAGCUGAGGCCAGGGGCACAGUGCGCGUCCGAUGGACUCUGUUGUCAAAAUUGCCAGCUGCGCCCGGCUGGCUGGCAGUGCCGCUCUACCAGAGGUGACUGUGACUUGCCCGAGUUCUGCCCAGGAGACAGCUCCCAGUGCCCCCCUGAUGUCAGCCUGGGGGACGGUGAGCCGUGUGCUGGUGGACAGGCUGUGUGCAUGCAAGGACGCUGUACCUCCUAUGCCCAGCAGUGCCAGGCUCUCUGGGGGCCCGGGGCCCAGCCCGCCGCGCCACUUUGCCUCCUUACUGCCAACACUCGGGGGGACGCCUUUGGGAGCUGUGGGCGCAGGCCUGAUGGCAGCUAUGUGUCCUGUGCCCCUAGAGAUGCCAUUUGUGGGCAGCUCCAGUGCCAGGGAGGGAGGGCCCAGCCUCUGCUGGGCUCAGCCCGGGAUCUUCACUGGGAGAUGCUGGAAGCCAACGGGACCCAGCUGAAAUUGAACUGCAGCUGGGUACACCUGGACCUGGGCAACGACGUGGCCCAGCCCCUGCUGACUCUGCCUGGCACAGCCUGUGGCCCCGGCCUGGUGUGCGUCAACCAUCAAUGCCAACCGGUGGAGAUCCUGGGAACACAGGAAUGUCGAAGCAAAUGCCAUGGGCAUGGGGUCUGCGACAGCAACAGACACUGCCACUGUGAGGAGGGUUGGGCGCCCCCAGACUGCACCACCCACAUCAGAGCAAACAGCUCCCUGACCACAGGGCUGCCCCUCAGCCUCCUGUUGUUGCUGGUCCUGGUGCUGCUUGGUGCCAGCUACUGGCACCGUGCCCGCCUGCGCCAGCGACUCUGCCAGCUUAAGGGACCCAGCUGCCAGUACAGGGCAGCCCAGUCUGGUCCCCCCGAACGUCCAGGACCCCCGCAGAGGGCUCUGCUGAUGCCAGGUGCCAAGCAGGCUAGUGCCCUUGGCUUCCCGGCCCCUCCCUCCAGGCCGCUGCCUCCUGACCCUGUGCCCAAGAGACUCCAGGCUGAGCUGGCUGACCGACCCAAUCCCCCCAACCGCCCUCUGCCCGCUGACCCGGUGGUGAGGUACCCGAAGUCUCAGGGGCCCACCAAGCCCCCACCCCCAAGAAAACCACUGCCUGCUGACCCUCAGGGCCAGCGCCCUUCGUCUGACCUGCCUGGCCCUGGAGCUGGAAUCCCGCCCCCAGUGGUACCCUCCAGGCCUGCGCCGCCGCCCCCAGCAGUGUCCUCGCUCUACCUCUGACCUCUCCUGAGGCUCCGCUGCCUCCAACCUGGACUUAGGACUUCAACAGGCAGACCCGACCCCUGGAGUCCCCCGCGGUGACUGAAGGAGCUGGGGCCUGGACGCUACGGAGCAGGAGUCUUAAGACACCGACACUGGGCACCUCCACUUGCUGUCGAGCAGCACCCUGGGGAUCCGCCCACGCAGUGGCACCUGGGGGUUGGGGAGUGUCUGGGAGCUGGACGGAGCUGAGGGAGGUGCGCACAGCCUGUCUCUGCAGAACUGCAAUAAAAGUGAGGUCUUGGGAGUGCGCCUCGAAGUUUGUCUGCUUAGGGAAGGAGGGUCUCCCCUGCCGCGAUUCCAGAUCUGGCCGCCAGGAGACGCUGCGCCUCAGAUGAAGACAGGAUAGGGAGGGCGAGAGCCCCAGGCUGGGUCAGCGGGUGUCCCUGGGAUGCUCGCGGCUUGUUUCUGCCCAGUCUGGGAUGACCUUCUGCACAAUCCAGUACCACAAAGGGCGCUGUACGCCCUCUGCCACCCCCAGUAGCCAAGUUCUCGC